GGGCCCCGCAAGGCCUGCCCAGAGCACCAGGAGCCGGCAGGGGCUGGAGACUCGAGCCUGGCCGGCUGUAGUUGCAGUUGCCUGGUAGGAGAAGCAGGUGGGGGUGUGGCUCUGGGGCAGACAACAGGUGGGACCUCCCUAGCCAGGGUGCAGCGUCUGGCUGGGGCCUGAGGACAGGCUGCAGCCGGGGGUGGGGUUAAAGGUCUUGUAGGGAGGCCCUGGGGAGCUUUGUUCAGUGCUCCCCACAGGCCUGCAGCAGCAGGAGCAUGAGUGAGCAAGGGAGGGAGACAGAGAUGGAGGAGGACGAGGGCGGUGGGGCUUCGGACACAGCGCCCAUGCUGCCCCGGAGACCUCCCGACCACCAGGCCUCAGCCCUGACAUGCCUAGGGUGGCUGGGCCUGGCUGCCCGAGGCCUCGGGCCCCUGCUGCUUCCGGGCCGGCUGCUGGCCGGCCUCCUGCUGCACCUGCUGCUGCCCGCCACAGCCUUCCUGCUGGUGCUCCUGCCCGCAGCCGCCGUCGUCUACCUGGGAUUCCUGUGCCACUCGAGGGUCCACCCGGCUCCCGGCUCCCGGUGCCGCGCGCUGUUCUCGGACCGCGGCUCCGCGGCGCUCAUCGUGUUCGGGCUCCUCUCACUGCCGCCGCUGCUGGUGCUCGCCUCGGCCGUCCGCGCCCGCCUGGCCCGGCGCCUCCGCCCGCUGCUGCCUCCGCCCGCUCCGACCCCCGGACCCCGCGGCUCCCCGGGGCGCCCCGACGGGGAGGGGCAACUCUGCGCCUGGGUUUGACCCGGUGCCGCUUCGAAACUCCGGGAGGCCUCCGAUCGCGUGGCCCGGCCCGGGAGACUGAGGGUCGCGCCAGCUCCUGCCCCGGGCAGGGCCCGAAGAACCCCGGCUGCGACCCCGGCCUCCCCCGCGCGCAGCCCCGCCCCGUCGCGGAGGGGAGGGGAGGACAAGGGGCGCAGGGCCCAGCCCGGCAGGCGGCUCUGGAGGGGCGCAGGCCCCAGCCUCAAGGCCUCCCGCACCUGCCCAGGCCCCGGCCUCCAGCGUCCAGGGCUGUGGGGCUCCCUGGGGAGACCGCCGGGCUCGGCCAAGCCCAGGGUUCCAGCAGGGCUGCCUGUGGCCAGGCUGCCAUUUGGACAGGCACCAGCCUCAGCCCACUGCCCUGGUAGCCUCUGCGAUCUCGUCUGUGACUUUGGUGCUCCUAGGAGGGCCUGCUCUCGCCCGCCCGGCCAGGUGUAAGCCACUGGUCCACAUUCCUCAGCUCCGGAAAUCCCUCAACCGUGAUCUCCAGUUCCACCAGGAAUCCCUUCUCCACACCCUCACCUUUUCCUUUUUCGCCCAUUGUCUCCUCCGUUUAAUCUGCUCAUUAACUAAUCCAUUUUAUCUUAAAUGAUUAUGUUAACAUAUCCGGGCCAGGCACCUUGGCUCAGGCCUGUAAUCCCAGCACUUUGGGAGGCUGAAGUGGGCAGAUCACUUUAGGCCAGGAGUUUGA